GAUCCUGAUGGCGUCUGGUUUCUCUCGAAAAUAGUGCAGCGGCUUGGUGAAAAACGUGAAAUUUAAUCAAGAAAUACCGUUUCUCGGUGACCAAACUGGAUGAAUUUUGCUUCUUUGAGGUGUUCUUUUAAGUUUUUUACUUUUUGUUUAUCCUCGGAAGAUGGAUAUUCCACCUCCUCCCAAUGAUAUCGAACUGAAAAACAUCAUCGACAAGCUUGCGGAAUUUGUUGCUCGCAACGGUCCGGAGUUUGAAUCGAUGACCAAGUCCAAACAGAAAGGAAAUCCCAAGUUCUCCUUUCUAUUCGGUGGCGAAUACUACAACUACUAUCAAUACCGGGUCAGCAGUAAGCAAGCGAUGAUGAAACAGCAAGCUGGUCAUCCGCCACCAUUGAUGGGCUCGUCCCAGUCGAAUGCACAAUCAAAUAACAAUAACAAUCCGAUGCCCCAGAUUUGGUCUAAUCCCCCGCCGCCGGCACAACCGACACCUCCGGCUGCGCCACCGCCACAGGCUCAGGCAGCUGUGAUUAGCGCACAGAUUGCGGCACAGAUCGAAGCAAUAAACACCCAGCAGAACGCUUUGCGCGAACAGAUCCGCCAAUCGGAGCUAAACCUUCAAGCCCAGCAUGGAGUUCUGCUCCAGCAACAGCAAGCGCAAAUCGACGAAUCGGUGACCCGCGCACAGAAUGAUGCGCUGGUUAAGCAGGCAGACGAGCACAAAAUACUGCUAAACGAGUUCGAUGCUAAACUACAACCAAUUAUCGAUUCUUGCACCAAAGAUAGCAUCUCUAAUGGAAAAAGCUGGAUUUUACAGUAUUGUACCGAUUCGGGAAAAUCUCAAAUUAUUUCGCAGUAUCUUUUGAGAAAGACGCUGAUGGCGGGAGUGAUGUUCACGCAGAAAUUACAUCUGAUUUAUUUAGUUAACGAUGUAAUCCAUCACUGCAUUCGGAAACGUAAUGACGACCUCAAGAAAAGUUUAGAAAACUCAGUCAUACCAAUGUUCUGCAACGCGCAGAUAACGGCCACCGAGGAACAGCGCGCUAAGCUAUCGAAAUUGCUUUCGUUGUGGGAAUCAAAGGGUAACUUUUUCGAUGCAUGCGUGAUAUCAAAACUCAAAUCGCCUCCGUCGUCCCUACAAGAGUAUCAGAACUCAUUGCUCACUCAAUACUCGGCCAUCGUUCAACAAAUCACCCAAGCAACAAAGGCAACGUUGGACAAUUACCAGCAGCAACAUCAAGCAUUCGUUCAGCAUGCUAGUCAGCAAAUGACUCUACUUGAAAAGCAAAAACAACAAAUCGAACAACAAGCCAUAAAGGCUGCCUUGGUCGUUCAACAACAACAACAACAGCAGCAGCUUCAGCAGCCAUUGCCACUUCUGCCAGAGUUAGGAUCUGGUUCGAGUAACAACGGUCUUGGUCAUAACAACCCUCUCGUGGCCGGAAAUCGACCAAAUGAUCGUGACGUAUCAAUUCCAUCGUUGUUAGACCAAAACAUCAAUUUUAAUCUAUUGUCCGGUGCAAUACAAAACCUACAAAGUUUAACCGCACAGAACAACAGGGGAAACGACGACGGAGGUAGGAACAACUUGCUCGGUGACAACAGAGUCGGGAAUAACUAUUCGCAUUCUUCCGAUGAAAGUACCAGUGGUAACAAAAAUGGAGAUUAUUCUCUGCCACCUCCAAACUUCCCCAUCCCAGAUAUGUCCAGACCACCUCCAGGGAUGCAUCAAAUGCCUUUCAACCCUAGGGAGGAUGAUGAUAACAACAACUAUGACGGCAGAGGAGAUGAUUUCGACGAUCCGCCUCCGCAGGAUGAUGACCGUGACGAUCAGGAAUUAGACGCUCGUGACGAUCAAGAAUAUCCCGAGGAAGAACCACCCGAAGAAGCUCCUCAGCAAUUAACACCUUCUAUUCCAUACUUCGAACUACCUGCAGGGUUAAUGGUUCCAUUGAUUCGUUUAGAGGAUUUCAAUUAUCACGCCUUGGAACCGGACGAUAUACGACUGCCGCCACCAGCACCGCCAAACGAUCGUUUGCUCUCAGCUGUAGAAGCCUUCUAUGCACCACCCAGUCAUGAAAGACCCCGUGAUGGAGAAGGAUGGGAGAAGUUAGCACUAUACGAAUACUUUAAAGUUAAAAAUGCUUCACGCAAGCAGAAGGAAGAAGAACUCGCCAAUGGCCUUCGGGAGCGUUCUAGAUCCCCAACGCCUAUCGAUCCUGAUUGGUUGAAGGCUACCAAAAAACAGAAAAAACGAGUUUACCGGUCACGCAGUCGCAGUCGAUCUAGAUCCCGAGAUCGAUCGCGUUCCCGCUCCCCAAGGCAUGGUCGAAAUAGAACUCGCUCUCGGUCACGUUCAAGAUCUCGCUCGAGAUCAAGGUCUAGGUCACCAAGACGAACGUCUGGCGGUAGCCGAGGCAGAAGUCGUUCACCGAUACGGAGGGAUCGCGACCGAUCGAGAGAACCCAGACGGUCUCCUACCCCACCAAGUUUUGGAGGCAGCGGAUUCGGUAGUAAAAUGGUAGUGAAUCCGUUUGCCGAAGACAACAUCAUGCCUAUUAGUGGGGUAGUAAGUGCGGCAACCCAAGGCACCGGUGGAGAAGUUUGGGGUGGACAUGAUCGAGAAGGCUUGGGAUCGUUUGGUGCAAGAAACUCAGAUCCGUAUGAAAGUUUCCGAAAAAAUAAAGGAGCAGCAUUUAUAACACGCAUGAAAGCUAGAUCUGAUGACAGAUAAAAAUGGAUUGAUUACUCAAGAAUCAAUAUAUUGAAUCAAAGAAGAUCAUAAAACAUUUUGUGAUGAAA